GUACAUGGGCGGGAGUUCUCUAUCUCCCACAAGGACAAGUGGCAAAUCAAUAAAGAUAAGAACACCACCAGACAACCGACAAAAAGAGAAAGCACAAACAUAAGUAGCCACUUGUUUGUAGCAGCCAUCCAUAGCUUUACCAUGUCAGAUCCCCAAAACCCUAAUCCCCAAAACCUUCCUUCUUCUUCUGCUUCUUCUUCAUCUAACAAAAACCCCACCGAAAUUAAACCCGGCAACGGCAAUUACUCGGGUCAAAAGGUCCAUUUCUCGAACCCACCCGAGACAACAAAUCCGGACCCUGCAACACUGAGGGAACAAUGGAGGUUUGCUAUUAGGCAGUACAGUAAAUGGUAUUCUCACGCUUGGGGCACUGCUAUUCUGGCUGGUGUUUCGUUUUUCGCGCUUGGCUGGAUCAUCAAGGGAUCCAAUCCUUUACCCUCUUCCAGGACUGAUGAUUCCUCUUCUUCGCCUUCUAAUGAUGCUAAAGAAAAAGCAACUCGAUAAUUGAUGCACAAGAAUAAUGGAGAUCAGCCUCUGUAUUGGCAGGUUUUUACAACCGAGGUUCUAACUGGUUUUUAUGUACAGUUCUUACAAGUUUUGUGACUUUUUGUGUUCAAGUAUCAGCCAUUGUAUCGGCAGGUUCUUACAACCAAGGUUCUUACUGGUUUUUAUGUACAGUUCUUAUAAGUUUUGUGACUUACUUUGUGUUCAACUAACAAUGGGAUUUCCGGAUUUGUAAGCUAAUCAUGUGGACGUCGCUGGGCUCUUUCAUAAUUUGGAUCUUUGCCUACAUUUUCUCUAA